AUGUUUUCAUUUGGACUCAACGGGUUUUCGGAUUUCCUCAUUUUCGGGGUUAUUUUCGUGGGUAUCGUUGUAGGUUAUUACUAUAAACAACUCAAAAUUCAGCAAGAAAGCAGGUUAGAAUUUGCCGAGAAAAACGUCCUUGUUGUAACGGCUCAUCCGGACGAUGAGUGUAUGUUUUUCUCUCCCGCCAUUUUGAAUCUCAGAAGAUGUUCCACUAUUAAUCUUCUGUGCCUCUCAACUGGUAAGAGCGUAUUUUCAUCUCAUAUUAGUUACAAUUUAAAUCAUCUUUAGACUCUUGAAAUAAUUUAACAUGUUAAACACAGUGAAACAACAUUUCCCCUACAACACUCUACCCCACCUCACCCCUCCCACACUUCGUUGUUUAUUUCUCCACUUAGAAGAGCCAUUCCAUUUACUAGCCACCCCUACCCUCGCUAUGGAUGAGUUAAGUUGAGGUAAGCUAAUUUCCUCUAAGAAGAAAAAAAAAGAUUAAAAGUACCAACACAGACCCCCCACACCCCCCCGACCCCCAAAGUCAGAUAGCCUGUUUUUUCUUUCCCCGUCAUAAAAAGGGACUUUUUGACCAUGCUUUGAUUCUGAGACACACCUAUCACUAAUAGAUGAUUUAGUUUUUAGUUGUUUCACAGCCAGUCCUUCAUCAGGAUUUUUCUCCUCCCUUUUCAAUAACUUUACAUAGAUAAAACACUACUUUGCGAUAGUUAAUUUAUCAUAUUAUUUGUUUUUAUCAUUUUUAUUAUUUAUCCCAGGUAACUACUACAAACAAGGCAAGAUAAGAAGACAGGAGUUGGUAUCAAGCUGUGGCAUCCUUGGAAUUUCUUCCAAUCAUGUGACUGUAGUUGAUCACAGGUAAACCAUUUACAUAACUACACAGACUAGUUAUUUCAUCGACUGAUAAUAAUAGAAGUCAAAGGCAACCUUAUGGUUGUGUUGAAAUUUGGGUGCUUUUGCAAAUAAAGUUGAAUCCAGGCGAAACAAGAAUGCUCUUACAGCGGUAUUAAGUGUUGCUUGAGGAGGCAAUUAAUAAUUCUACACGAAACAGGAUUUACUCGCUAAAGGUUUUUCACUUCCUACUUUAUCGACAGUGGAGUAUUCUUCAGGACAUUUACUUUUUAUUUGUUUCUGAAUUCGUUUAGUACGCAAGAUAGCGAUGACCAGAAAUGUGUCUGUCGUUGCAGGCUAUACCUGUGUAUAAAUACAUGAAAAUUCAAGGGCCUCAAUUCCAGAGAAAUUACAUCACUGCCAGAUUACAUGGCUCGUCAUUUCAAUCAUCGCUGAAAAUAAACGGCAUGCUCAUCACAAGACUCAUUUGCAUACAAGGAAAACAUACAAUGAAAGUUUUUUCCAACCACUGUAGUGACUUCACUUGUUCCAAAGUAAUCAAUGCUUUCAAGCGAUAGAAUUCAUGGACUGACCUGUUCUGGAAAAUCUCUAAACUUAAUCUUUCGUAAGCUUUCUUCGCAAAACGUGUGUGGCUUCGGUCAUGCAACCAUUCUUAUUCCCAGUUUCCAAAGUCUCCGCUAGGAAUGCCUGGGACCAUAUGCAUGAUCUCUUUUUUGUGUUCUAAAUACAAAGAAAAACGGCUUGCACAUUAUGAGUCUCGCUGCUUACACAAGUGAGAGUAAUUAUGUAUUCUGUUUUUAAGAAAGGAUACCUUACUUUACUUUGACCAUACAGUUCCCUUCCAGAUGACCCACAAGUGCAGUGGAAUACUAAGCUUGUUGGCACAAUUAUUGCUGACCAUAUCAAGAUCAACAGAAUUGAAGUGGUAAGUAUUUCUUUUGCAGACAUGACUUGCCAUAUUUGCUGGCACCUUCCUCAGUUUUGACUUAUUAUUGCCGGGCAGCCUUAUGCGAGUCUGCACUCUAUUCUCUACAAUAUUACAAUACAUGUAUUGUCUUCCAGCUCUGACGCCAACAUUCACUUUCAAAUAUAAAAAACUCGUAGUAUACCUGCCUAGAGAAUAAGGUGGUGCAGUAUUUUCACAAUGGUCCCAGUAGGGUGGUGUUCAGGGACCUACCAUUGCUUCUAUAAUAGUGAAAUUGUUUUUCACUGGGGCAACAGCAUGAUUGGCAUUGCUGUGAUCGGGAUUCUAACCAAACCUUGAACAAGCAGCUCUAAAGUACCAAAAUGACCAAAGCAACUUGCUUUUACAAUUUAUUUCUCUUCAUAUUUUAGUUUAUGAUGUUAGUACAUAAACCACAAUUAUACAUGUCUUGGUAUUGAAAUGAUGUUAUAAUUUUUUGGCACAAAUAUUGCCAAAUAGACCUUUUCAGCCCGUGAGUUCUGUUUUCCCUUUGAUUUUUCAGACCAUGUGAUGUUGUCAAGGGAGUUUCUUAGGUCUUUUUAUAAAUUAUGCAUACAUAUACAUGUUAAUAGGACAACAUUUGAAAGACUGCUCUCUAGAGUAACAUCACAUGAUUUAAUAUGGGUAAACAAAAGAUACAAGCUAAAAUAGGUCUAUCCAUAAUAUUAUGCUGAACUGUCUGACUGUUUCCUUUGCCCACAAUAGGUUCUAACUUUUGACUCUUCUGGGGUGUCAGGCCACACAAACCAUAUUGCUAUUUAUAAAGCACUAAAGAGACUGAAUGAUGAAGGGCUGCUAGAGAGUAUUGCUAUUUAUACGCUAAGCAGCACAAAUUUAUUGAGGAAGUACAUCUCAUUACUGGAUCUUCCCCUUAGUGCUCAUUCAAAGUAAGUAUCAUCGAAACCCAAAUCAACUCUUUUCAACUCAACUUUCACUUAAUGUUGAAUAAACAAACAGCUGAGGUCAGGCUUCUUCAUUCUUGUGGUGAAUGUGUGCAAUUAAAAUUAAUUCCAAGAUGAUGAACCUGUGGUGGCUCUCACCUAGGCCCAGGCCCCUAAUUUAUUGAGUUACAUGGAAACAAAGACGUAAUUCCAUCUCCAAUAAGGCAUCUUUGCUGUGACUGGAGUCAGUCCUACAAUGCCUCCAUGGUAUGGAUAGCAAGUCCUUUGGCUUACAUUUAAUACUUAAGCUAUAGAACUUUCCAGUUUAUUGAGUUGUAGAAAAUUUAGUUUUUUGUUUAACUAACUGGUCUUGGGGCUAGGAGGAGCACAUUUUUACUAGCCCAGCAUGAAGUUGUGGGGUAGUAGACCAGUGUUAGUGUCGAGCGCUGAAUCCUAUACUUCACUCAUUAUUGGUGAAGACUGUUCAUCAUCGUCAUCAUUAUCAUCAUCAUCAUUCUUACCAUUAUGAUUAUCAUCAUAAACAGUAAUUAAAUAAAGCAAGUAAUAUUUAAAAAAUAUUAAUGGCAAAUUUUGAUGUUACUCCAUUUUUAGGCAUAUGUUUCUUUCAAGUCCUCAACAGAUUGUUUUAGCGCAGGUGAGGGUUUUUUCAAAUCCAUGUUUCAGAUCCAUGUUACUAAAUUAUUAUGGAAAUGUAACACUAAUAACUGAAAUAAAAUACAUAUGAGUAAUAUGAGUUUUUCUUUUAACAGAAAGCCAUGCAUGCUCACAGAAGCCAGUUGGUUUGGUUUAGAAAGCUAUACAUUUUGUUCUCACGGUUUAUGAUUAUCAACACCCUCGAAGAGCUAAACUGA